AUGAUUAAAUUAUUUAAAGAAGAAGGUAAAACAAUAACAGCAUGGGAUGUACUACUAAAUCAAUUGUCUUCAUUAACCGUUAAGGGUGUUUGCUUUAAAUCUGAUUCCCCAGAUGUUUUCUCAACGUUUCAAGGUUAUAAAUACAACGUUCUCGAAAAACCAGAUUACUCAAAAAUUGAGAUGUUUAUGAAUUUCAUUAAAGAAGCCAUUUGUGAUAAUAACGAUGAAGUGUAUAAAUACCUUCUCGGCUGGAUUGCAUCAAUGAUUCAACAUCCCGGAAUCAAGAAUGAAACAGCAAUUAUUUUGAAAGGACUUCAGGGAACAGGUAAAAACAGAUUUACAGACAUUAUUUCUGAACUUCUCGCUGGUUAUUCAUGUAAAAACAUUACCGAAAUAAGUGAGCUAACGGGUAAUUUCAAUUCAGUAGUUGAAAAUAAAAUGUUUCUUGUACUUAAUGAACUCAAGAAUGUGGGUGAAGACAGACUCGCAAACUUCAACGCUUUGAAAUCAAUUAUUACGGAUAAUGAGAUAAGAAUUAAUGAAAAGAAUCAACCCAGAAGAACAGCUCAGAACGUUGCAAACUUCAUUUUCGUAACUAACAACGUCUACCCUGUCAAAAUUGAAGUUGGAGACAGAAGAUACGUAGUUUUAAGAGUUAAUGGUAAAUUCAAGGGUCAAUUUGAUUACUUCAAGAAUUUGAUGGAUUCAUGCACAAAGGAAUUUUAUGAUAAUUUACUGACGUAUUUUAUCAAUUACGACCUUUCAUCAUUUAAUGUACGAAUCAUACCGAUGACUGAAGCCAAACAAGAUUUAAUUGAAUUAUCAUCAAAUCCUUUAGAUGUAUGGAUAAAUACACAUUAUGAUGAAUU